GGAAGAACUGAGCCUGGCAGAAGAUGGCAUCCCAGGUGGAGAGAAGAGUGGAGGCCUGGAGCUGGGUCACAGGAGGAAGCCAUUCUAGUGUAUGAAAUGGUAUCUCAUUGCACUCCAUAAAUAUUUGAAUGAAUAAGUAAAUACUCUCUGAAGCUGGACAGAAGUUUGAACCCUGGUGGCGAUACUUAACAAACUGUAUUACCUGGAGUGAAUCACUUCCCCACUGUGAGGAUUUCAAGACAUAAGGUGAUACCCUGAGACGCAGUGGGUCUGCUAUGGAUUAUGUACCCACUAAAAGGUAGCUGUCAUCAUCAUUGCCACCAACGUUAAUAUUAUUACUAUCAGCCCAGAGACAAGCCCACACGAGUGACUGGCAGCCGGCAUCUGUCAAGGGCUCACCACACUUACCGCUUAACUUAGCCUUUGACACGUAUUAACGCUUUAAUGUACACAAGCCUAUGAGAUUGGUUAUGAUUAUCCCUGUUUUAUAGAUGAGAAAGCAGAGAUACAGAGGGCUUAAGUCACUUGCCCCAAAUCACAGAGUUAGUAAGUGAUAGGACCAGCAUUGAACCCAAGCACCGGCUCCAGAGCCCAAGCUCUACAUCACUGUAUCACACUUCCUGCCCUUACAACGAGGCAAACUGGAUGAGUGCCAUUCUAGAGGAGCAGAUGAAAUUCAAGUAGAGGAUCAGAGAGAAGAAGACGCAGUCUGCUUAUCCCAUCUGAGGCUUCUGGGGAGAAAGGCACGCAGGCAGUCGUGGAAUUUGCCCCUCAUUUUGUCUACUGGGCCGGCACUGCUAACAGAGCUAAAGGCAUCUUUUGGGCUGUUGCUCAGCAGCGAGUGACAUCAUGGGCACUGCCAGGUUUUUAUCAGUUCUGCCAGAUAAUAGCUCACUGGACUUGUUCUGGAGGAGCCAGCAAGUUGCUGAGCAGCAGAGAACUUGGGUUCCCAAACCAGCAGUGGCCAUGACCAUGAACACCAGCUCAGACCGGUCCUUCUUCCCCGGCAAUCACUGGCUCUACUUCUCCAUGUACCUCUUCACCUUCCUCAUGGGGCUUCCCCUCCACCUGGUGGCCCUGGUGAUCUUCGUGGGCAAGCUGCAGCGCCGUCCGGUGGCCGUGCACGUGCUCUCGCUGAACCUGACCCUAUCGGACCCGCUCCUGUUGCCCUUCCUGCCAUUCCGCGUGGUGCAGGCAGCGAGCGGCACGUGCUGGUCCCUGCCCUUCAUCUUCUGCCCCUUCUCCAGAUUCCUCUUCUUCACCACCAUCUAUCUCACGUCCCUCUUCCUGGCAGCUGUGAGCGAUGAGCGCUUCCCGAGCAUGGCCUACCCAGUUUGGUACAAGACCCGGCCAAGGCCGGGACAGGCUCGCCUGGUCAGCGGGGCCUGCUGGCUCCUGGCCGCUGCUCACUGCAGUGUGGUCCAUGCCAUUGAAUUCUCGGGGCGCUCCUCCCCCACCCAGGGUAUCAGCGGGACCUGCUACCCGGAAUUCCAGAAGGCUCAGCCGGCCUUUCUCCUGCCUGUCCAGCUGGAGAUGGCUGCGGUCCUUUUUGGGGUGCCCCUGCUCAUCACCAGCUGCUGCUGUAGCCGCCUGGUGUGCGUACUCGGUAAGGGAGCCAGCCAGCGCCGGCGGAAGAGGCGCGGGCUCGCAGCGGCCAUGCUGCUCAACUUCCUCGUCUGCUUUGGGCCCUACAACGUGUCCCAUGUUGUGGGCUACAUCCAGGGUGAAAGCCCCAAGUGGAGAUGUUACGUGCUGCCCCUCAACACCCUGAAUUCCUGUGUCGACCCCCUUGCCUGCUAUCUCUCAUCAUCUGGGUUCCAAGCUGACUUCCAGGGGCUGCUGGGGAGGCUGACUGGAGCCUGUGGCCCUUGGUGGCAGGAAGGCAGCGUGACACCGAAGAGUGAAGGAGAGGGGCCGCCGCAGGAGCUGUCUAAUAUAGAGGUCAGGUAGUGGACUCUAGGGGGGCUCUGCAGCGGGUGGCCAGGUGGAAUGGCCUGCAAAGCGGAUCAUCGCUGGGGCAGGUCCAAGCUCAAGUCAGGCAGAACCUUGGAGAGGCAGGCUGGGGAUUGGCACUGUUUGGGUCAGAGCAGGUACCCAGCCUUCCUCAGGAUGUGCCCACAAGAGCCCAGCUCUUGGUCUCGCCAUACUGCCCUCCCUUCUCGUGCCCCAACAUGCUCAGGGAGCGGUCAAGGUGAGAGAGAACUCUGGAGAAGAAGGCGCUCCCCAGGGCAGCAGGCGAGCUCCUGUGCUUUGCUGAAGGUGAAGGAGGAGCUGAGAGCAGUGUCCAGGGUCUGAGGGAGCUGCCCAGUGACUUGGGACAGAAGAGAGGAGGAAUCUGUCCUUCAGAACUACUGACUCAGCUGGGCAGGAAUGGGGACACAGGACUCCAGGAAUGAGGGAGCAUACUGCUGUCACAUGCACUCUUCCAGAAAGUUUCCACUCUUCAAUAAAUUCAGACUUUCAGGGACACUUAUGAAAAA